GGCCCGGCCCGGCCGGCCUGGCCCGGCUCGGCCCGGCCCGGCCCGGCUGUCCACUGCGCGGCUGCGGCGUCACCUGGAAGUAGUCACGCUGAGCGGGAUGACCGGAACAACAAGAUGGCGGAGAAUGAGGAGUUUCGGGAGUCAGUCCUGUAACACAGACUUCAGCCUGUUGACUGGUGAAACAGCUGUGUGGCACGACACCAAAACCAGCAUGAAUCUCCAGCAGCCAGCCCCUCUCAUCCCCCCCGUCCACCCGGAUGUGCAGAUGAAGCCCCUGCCCUUCUAUGAUGUGCUGGACGUCCUAAUCAAGCCUUCAAGUCUAGGAGCGAGUACUGCACAGAGGUACCACCAAGAAAAAUAUUUUAUCUUUGCCUUGACUCCACAGCAAGUUCGAGAAGUGUGCAUAUCCAGGGACUUUCUACCAGGUGGCAGAAGGGACUACAUGGUUCAAAUUCAACUAAGGUUUUGCUUGUCAGAAACAAGUUGCCCUCAAGAGGAUAAUUACCCAAACAGUCUUUGUAUAAAGGUCAAUGGGAAACUUUUUCCUUUGCCAGGUUAUGCACCACCACCAAAAAAUGGCGUGGAACAGAAGAGACCAGGAAGACCUCUAAACAUUACCUCCCUCGUCCGACUCUCCUCUGCGGUACCCAAUCAGAUUUCAGUGACAUGGGCACCUGAAAUUGGAAAAACCUAUUCUAUGUCUGUGUACCUGGUGAGGCAGCUGACAUCACCACUGCUCCUGCAGAGGCUGAGGAUGAAGGGCAUCAGAAACCCAGACCACUCCAGAGCACUAAUUAAAGAGAAGCUGACAGCAGAUCCAGACAGUGAGAUUGCUACAACAAGCCUUCGAGUUUCACUUAUGUGCCCGCUGGGUAAGAUGCGACUGACGGUGCCAUGCCGGGCGGUGACCUGCUCUCACCUGCAGUGUUUCGACGCUGCCCUCUACCUGCAGAUGAAUGAGAAGAAACCCACCUGGAUCUGUCCUGUGUGUGACAAGAAGGCUGCAUACGAGAGUCUCAUCAUUGAUGGUUUGUUCUUGGAGAUCCUGAACGACUGCUCAGAUGUGGAUGAAAUCAAGUUCCAGGAGGAUGGAACCUGGUGUCCCAUGAGACCAAAGAAAGAGGCCGUCAAGGUCCCCUCUCAGUCAAUUCCAAAAAUUGAGACCUCAGCUCCUUUGCGCCAGUCUUCAGUGGUCCCCCAUUCUACUGAGCCCAGCUCCACCAAGAAGGCUGAUGUGAUUGAUCUGACUCUGGAAAGCUCCUCCUCCUCCUCUGAUGAUGAAGAGGACACAGACCCUCCACUGAAGAAACGCUGCGUUUACAUUUCCAAGAACGAGGAGAUGCAUGCGAAGGGAGUGCUGACCUACCAGCCCACUGUGCGCGUGCCAAACGUCCAGGCCCUGGACCCGUCGUAUCUGACCGCUACACUUGCUGACUAUGCAGUCCCCUUCCACCCAUCCACCCUGGCCUCCAUCCCCACAGACAUGCAGAGUCUGGAUUUGUUUUCCUUAAUUCAAGCAGAUCCUCAGCAUUACCGGCCACAGAUGUUCCUCGACAACCUGACGAGCAGCAUGCAAAGUGCAGCUGCAGCCAGCACCAGCUCGGCCCUGGUCUCCUCCUCCAGCAGCCACUAUGACACCAGCACCCACGCUGCCAGCUCCAUCCACGAGACCCGGGUCAUCACAGGAGGAGGGGGGGGCGCUGGAGGAGGGACUGACAGUGGCAUAUCUGAUAUCAUUUCACUAGACUGAGCCACAUCUCACUGGACCUUUCCAGGCCUGUUUUCUGUGGCCUUUUAAGUCCGGACUACAUGUACAUGACAUGUUGAGUUUUACACAGAAGCACCCAAAUUGGUAUACAUGAGCACUUUGAUGGCCUGAACAUUUUCACAAUAUUAAAAACUGUAUCCAGGCAUGUUUCUUUUUGCCCUUUCAUCCUGUCUGCUAUGGUAGGAUGAUAAAUGGUUUGAUGGCCAAGGACAACAUUGUGUGUCAGUGAAUUGUCAUUUCAUUUGGGAAAUAUUUCCGUUUGCUGUCAUACCCUUAAUCGCAUAAGAUCGAAACAAAAGGGAGUGAUUUAGCCUUGGUUUAGUUCAAUAUUCCCUGGUGUUUAAGCCUUGGUUUAGUCCAAUAUUCCCUGGUAUUUAGCCUUGCAUUAGCCCAAUCUAUCCCCAGUGUUUUAGCCUUGCAUUAGCCCAAUCUAUCCCCAGUGUUUUAGCCUUGCAUCAGCCCAAUCUAUCCCCAGUGUUUUAGCCCUGCAUUAGCCCAAUCUAUCCCCAGUGUUUUAGCCUUCGUUUAGCCCAAUCUAUCCCCAGUGUUUUAGCCUUGGUUUAGCCCAAUCUAUCCCCAGUGUUUUAGCCUUGGUUUAGCCCAAUCUAUCCCCAGUGUUUUAGCCCUGCAUCAGCCCAAUCUAUCCCCAGUGUUUUAGCCUUGGUUUAGCCCAAUCUAUCCCCAGUGUUUUAGCCUUGGUUUAGCCCAAUCUAUCCCCAGUGUUUUAGCCCUGCAUCAGCCCAAUCUAUCCCCAGUGUUUUAGCCCUGCAUCAGCCCAAUCUAUCCCCAGUGUUUUAGCCCUGCAUCAGCCCAAUCUAUCCCCAGUGUUUUAGCCUUGCAUUAGCCCAAUCUAUCCCCAGUGUUUUAGCCUUUGUUUAGCCCAAUCUAUCCCCAGUGUUUUAGCCUUGGUUUAGCCCAAUCUAUCCCCAGUGUUUUAGCCUUCGUUUAGCCCAAUCUAUUCCCAGUGUUUUAGCCUUGCAUUAGCCCAAUCUAUCCCCAGUGUUUUAGCCUUCGUUUAGCCCAAUCUAUUCCCAGUGUUUUAGCCUUGGUUUAGCCCAAUCUAUACCCAGUGUUUUAGCCUUGCAUUAGCCCAAUCUGUCCCCAGUGUUUUAGCCUUGGUUUAGCCCAAUCUAUCCCCAGUGUUUUAGCUCUGCAUCAGCCCAAUCUAUCCCCAGUGUUUUAGCCUUCGUUUAGCCCAAUCUAUUCCCAGUGUUUUAGCCUUCGUUUAGCCCAAUCUAUCCCCAGUGUUUUAGCCUUGGUUUAGCCCAAUCUAUCCCCAGUGUUUUAGCCUGGUUUAGCCUUGUGUUUUAGCCUUGGUUUAGCCCAAUCUAUCCCCAGUGUUUUAGCCUUGCAUUAGCCCAAUCUAUCCCCAGUGUUUUAGCCUUGGUUUAGCCCAAUCUAUCCCCAGUGUUUUAGCCUUGGUUUAGCCCAAUCUAUCCCCAGUGUUUUAGCCUUGGUUUAGCCCAAUCUAUCCCCAGUGUUUUAGCCUUUGUUUAGCCCAAUCUAUCCCCAGUGUUUUAGCUCUGCAUCAGCCCAAUCUAUCCCCAGUGUUUUAGCCUUGGUUUAGCCCAAUCUAUCCCCAGUGUUUUAGCCUUGGUUUAGCCCAAUCUGUCCCCAGUGUUUUAGCCUUCGUUUAGCCCAAUCUAUUCCCAGUGUUUUAGCCUUGGUUUAGCCCAAUCUAUCCCCAGUGUUUUAGCCUUGGUUUAGCCCAAUCUAUCCCCAGUGUUUUAGCCUUGGUUUAGCCCAAUCUAUCCCCAGUGUUUUAGCCUUGCAUUAGCCCAAUCUAUCCCCAGUGUUUUAGCCUUGGUUUAGCCCAAUCUGUCCCCAGUGUUUUAGCCUUGGUUUAGCCCAAUCUGUCCCCAGUGUUUUAGCCUUCGUUUAGCCCAAUCUAUCCCCAGUGUUUUAGCCUUGGUUUAGCCCAAUCUAUACCCAGUGUUUUAGCCUUGGUUUAGCCCAAUCUAUCCCCAGUGUUUUAGCCUUGGUUUAGCCCAAUCUAUCCCCAGUGUUUUAGCCUUGGUUUAGCCCAAUCUGUCCCCAGUGUUUUAGCCUUGGUUUGGUCUUCCACCUCCUUAGGAAAAUCUUUGUCUCUCUCUGGCUUGCUAGAUGUUUCACUCUUUUCACCAGCCACUCACUGACUUCAGCUCUUUGCCAUUGUGUGCCAGGCAGGGAGUGGAAUCAAUGGAACUGACAAUCCUUUCACAUGAGUCACUUAUUUCAGUGUUCAUGUCAAAAAUAUAGCUUAGGAAACUUUAAUUAGUAGUUUCUUUGUAUUUCAUCAUACAGUAUCAUUAUGACCUGAACAGCUAGUCUUUUGGCCAUCCAUAUAUAGGUAUAUCCAGUUACUCCAGUGUUGGAAAUAUUUAGAACAUUGAACUCUUCAUUUAUACCAAUUUGUUUGCUUGCACAUACAUGUAAAUCUGACUUCAGCCCGUUCUGACCUGGUUGACCUGAACCGUGGGCCUCGUUAGGAUGGAAUCCAGAUGAAUGGAAGAAGAGCUUGGACUCACUGCUCUCAGCAAGAUGUUGUUUCACACGACAUCCAUGCAAGUGAAUGAAUGGUUGGAAGUAGGAAGCCCCUCUGUGAAAAAGACCUGUGGACUGAUAAACAUAUUGUUGACUGUGGAGGUGUCUGACCUGCUCACACACAGUGGACGGGGCUGUUUUGGUCUGUUUUUACUGUAUCUGUGCUGGCUUCCCAAAGCCGCGUUUUGCCUUUCAUUCACACUAAUGGAAACAUGGAAGGCAGGUCACUAAUUCAAAUGUUUUCAUUGGUUCAAACAGCUGUAAGUCAGUACUUUGAUGAGGUUUGUUACAGGGCAGCUUUCAUGUCAUACUAACGUAAAAUGUUCCAUUUUAAUUUUGUCAGAGCAAUAAUAAUUUAACGAGUGUUAGGUUAAAUAAAGUUGUAAAUGUAGUUCAAGCUGGUCCCUACCACUCUGCUUCCCAAAUCCAAUCCCUUGUGUAUGGUCAAUUUAUUGGCUUAUGUUAAUUGCAAACAUGAUUUCGUUUUGUUAGAGAAAUACACUUAAUGGAAUAGUUCAAAAUGUAGGCAAAUACGCUAUCUCAAUCUCAUGCCCUGGUGUUAAGCACAGACCUGGAGUCAGAAAGUAUUUAGCAUAACUUAGCAUAAAGACUGGAAGCAGGGGGAAACAGCUAGCCUGGCUCUGUCCAGUGUUCCAAAAAUACACCUACUGACAUCUAAAGCUCACUAAUCUCAUAUCUCAUCUGUUUGCUCCUUACACAGAAAUGUAAGAACCACAGUUCGUGGUUUUAAGAGGCAUUAUGUGCUGCUCCAGGCUAGUGGUUUCUCCCGGCUUCCAGUCUUUGUGCUAAGCUAGGCUAUCCACAUCCUGCUUAAAGGACAGGGACAUGAGAUUGAUAUUCAUCUUCUCAUCUCACUCUCAGAAAGUCAAUAAGUGUAUUUCCCAAAAUGUUGAACUGCUUAUUUUAAACUUUCUCGCAAACGUGUGCAUCAGCUUUGACUAGCAUGAAACGGUUCAAUGGAUUUUGAGAUGAUGUUAAUGAAAGAGUUUAUUUGCCUCUAUGUUAAUGUAAAACUUCUGACAAGUUCGUGCAGCCAAAAAUCUGAUCUUCUUUCCUUCAGUUAACAUUUAAGAGUCCAAUCUGUAAUUCUUCUGAACUCUGACCUUUCUGCUAUUUCUGGAUUUUGUUGUUUGCUGAUGAUGCUGCGUGUUGGUAUGGGAUGGAUGGGCGUGACACAAACAUUUGCUCAGUAUUAACACCUACACUUAAGCCCACUUUCUCACAGUUGACAGCAAGCAGUAACAAAAGAACGAUAGACAGGGCAGCUACUGUAUGUGCUAUCUGGAUUAGCUACUUAUUUGGAUUGCUUGCUGUGUAUGUGGACUCCCAGCCAUCAGGAGCUCAAUCUCAGGGACCUACACUCCACUUUUCUGGGCUUGAUGGACUGAGUGAAUUCAAAUAUUGACACAGAAACAACACUGUCAGCAUCGGUAACUGAAGUACAGGUGGUGACGUUAAAGUUAGGCUAACUCAUGUUUUUAUUUUUUAGGUCAGUGUAAAACAUGCUAAUGAAUGUUGGCAGUUUGGAGUUUACAUGUUAAAACUGUGAUAAGGGUCAGUCACCCAAUUACAAAACCCCACAGUUACGGGGUAGUUUUAGUUUAUGUGAACAGGUUUUGAGAUAUCUGUCUCUUGAGGUUCAAGUCUCCACGGACUUUAGUUUGUGCAUUGAAAAAUGACAUUUAAAAAAUUGAACAUCAGUGUGUUUUUCCAGAAUCGGUAUCUCUGUGACUAUGGAUAAUUCAUAGACUGCAGACAGUCUGAUUGGAACUGCGAAACUGUUGCUGAAAUCCAUUCGCCUUCAUUGUGUUGGGCGGAGGCAGAGACCGAUAUCUCAAAACCUGGAUAAACAAAACCAAAACUCUCUGCAUGUAGAGAUGCCACUAGAGGUAGGUGAGAGAAUCUGUUUUUUGUCAUUUUGGUGAACCCACCCUUGGUAAGCAAAGCAUAAUAAGUCAAAGUAAAACAUGCUAGAUCAACAAUACUGCCAAUUCAUUUCCCACCUUUACAGCCCCUUUCCUCACACAGAAACAGCACAUUCGUGGGGAGUGUUUGCAUAGAGGUCACUGUUGUGAAAUUGCGGAUUACACUUUUAACACUGUCUCUAUUCACCUGCAGGCAGAUGGUGGUGGUGUGGACCCAUGGGAUUCCAUGUCAUGUUUUUGAUUUGGUACUCUUCAUACUUUAUGGGCUUUGAACCAAUCCAGAUCACCUGGACGUCUCUUUUGACACCAUGUUAACAGACUCAACAGAGAAAAGAGCCCAUUUUUGUUUGCUUCACAUUCACUAGGUUUAUUACAGGAUGGUUGAUUACAAAAUUGUCUUUGUUUUCCUGUAUCUGUAAACUUGCAGCAUUUUGAAUUGUGGUACCAUGUGCAGGUGUUUUUUAUUAUUAAAGGUUUUCUUUUUUAUUCAGUUAAAAUCCGUUGCUCUUGGAAA